AUGCUACAGCAUCCAAUUCUUAGCGUCAUUGUCAGCACCAGCAGCACUAGCAGCCCGGGCGGUGGCCGGCGACGCCGUUGCUCGAGGCGGCGAGGACGAUGGGGCCAGUGCGGCGACAUCGGCGGCGCGGGCAUGGCCGCCGACAGCCUGCGCGGCGUCGUGGUCGCGCCCGGCAUGCCCUCCGGGGCUCUCACGGCGCGGGCCCACCACUCGCCACUGCCGCGGUCGCCCGCAUGCCCUCCAGGCGUCGCACCAGCCCGCGUGCCGUGGGCGCACGGGGCCACGGCAGACCGCUUGAGCGCCAGCUGCGGAGGCUCGUCCGGAAGAACGACCCCGCCGGCGCAGGCCCUGGGCGAGGUGCCCUCGGCCGCCGGGGCCGCGCGCCGGGCGUCGUCCUGCGCCACGCUGAGGCCGCCCCCGAGGUGGUGCGUCGGGCCACUGCCCGGGCCACUGCCCGGGCCACCGCCCGGCGUGACCCAGCAGCAGACCAUGUUCCUGGUGGCUCGGCCAGGAGGCCCCCACCUCUGCGCCGCGCCCGCGCCCGCCGCGCCGCCGCCGCCGCCCCCCGCGGUCGCUCCGCAGGACAGCGAGAUCGCCACGGAGAAAAACGCCAAUGAGACGGUUGGUCAAGCAACGCCCGGAGACGGCGUGCGAUCUGUCGGUGCUCGAAUGGCGACUUUGAACGCGAUCAACGGUGACCUCACGGUCGAGGAGCUUCAGCGCCCCAAAUUCACCACCGCCAAGUACAGCUCUGGUAAUUUGAGGCAGGGACUGGACCCCCACGAGUAA